ACUAUAAUAGCUCCACUGCAAGGAGUAAUAAAAUGAAAGUCGCCCUUAUCUUUUUAACUGUGAGCAUUUUGCUCAUACAGGUUAAAAAUGUGAAAGCUAAUUACGACUGGGAUAGUAUGCAAGAUGGUCCCAGUGAGGAGAUAAUACCCGGAUGUGGAGGGGACACUAUCUACUACCCAGAUCCAGUGCAACCCUGUGACACUGACAGCAAUCCGACUACUACAAAACCGAGACAAAAAACUAAAAGGCCCAAAUCUACGCGUAGAACAACCAAACGAACGAAACGUCCUCGCAGAAAAACAACCAAAUGGACCACUAAAAGGGCCACCAAGAGGACCACCAAAAGGACCACCAGAAGGCGUCCGACCACACCGAAAACCCCGGAUACAACAGAUUCCCCUAUAACGACCACGGGUGCGGAGUGCACAUGCUCUGAUCGAACUACUGCAAGUAGCACCGAUUCGACCACCGACAGAACGACUGUGACAAACACAGACUGGACCACUCCAUUGUGUACCGAUACUCCACCAUGCACCUGUUCUGAAGAAUCUUCUACUGCAAUACCCAGUUCUCCUUGCAUAGAUACUUCCACCGUCAUUCCCACAAGUCCGUGUACUCAAGAAACCACUACUCCAACACCAACGUGUUCAACCCAAGGAACCCAAACAACCCCCUGCACAUGUGCCCAAACGACAACUACUCCUAGAUCCACAACAACAACUUCCACAAGUCGCCCAACGACAACUACUCCCAGAUCCACAACAACAACUACCACAAGUCGCCCAACGACAACUACUCCUAGAUCCACAACAACAACUACCACACGUCGCCCAACGACAACUACUCCUAGAUGCACAACAACAACUUCCACUUGUGCCCCAACGACAACUACUCCUAGAUCCACAACAACAACUACCACAAGUCGCCCAACGACAACUACUCCUAGAUGCACAACAACAACUUCCACUUGUUCCCCAACGAGAACUACUCCUAGAUCCACAACAACAACUUCCACAAGUCGCCCAACGACAACUACUCCUAGAUGCACAACAACACCUUCCACAAGUCGCCCAACAACAACUACUCCUAGAUCUACAACAAAAACUUCCACUUGUGCCCCAACGACAACUACUCCUAGACCCACAACAACACCUUCCACAAGUCGCCCAACGACAACUACUCCUAGAUCCACAACAACAACUUCCACAAGUCGCCCAACGACAACUACUCCUAGAUCCACAACAACAACUACCACACGUCGCCCAACGACAACUACUCCUAGAUCCACAACAACAACUUCCACAAGUCGCCCAACGACAACUACUCCUAGAUCCACAACAACAACUACCACAAGUCGCCCAACGACAACUACUCCUAGAUCCACAACAACAACGUGCACUUGUUCCCCAACGACAACUACUCCUAGAUCCACAACAACAACUUCCACAAGUCGCCCAACGACAACUACUCCUAGAUCCACAACAACAACUUCCACAAGUGGCCCAACGACAACUACUCCUAGAUCCACAACAACAACUACCACAAGUGGCCCAACGACAACUACUCCUAGAUCCACAACAACAACUUGCACUUGUUCCCCAACGACAACUACUCCUAGAUCCACAACAACACCUUCCACAAGUCGCCCAACGACAACUACUCCUAGAUCCACAACAACAACUUGCACUUGUUCCCCAACGACAACUACUCCUAGAUCCACAACAACAACUUCCACAAGUCGCCCAACGACAACUACUCCUAGAUCCACAACAACAACUACCACAAGUCGCCCAACGACAACUACUCCUAGAUCCACAACAACAACUUCCACAAGUGGCCCAACGACAACUACUCCUAGAUCCACAACAACAACUUCCACAAGUGGCCCAACGACAACUACUCCUAGAUCCACAACAACAACUUCCACAAGUGGCCCAACGACAACUACUCCUAGAUCCACAACAACAACUUCCACAAGUGGCCCAACGACAACUACUCCUAGAUCCACAACAACAACUUCCACAAGUGGCCCAACGACAACUACUCCUAGAUCCACAACAACAACUUCCACAAGUGGCCCAACGACAACUACUCCUAGAUCCACAACAACAACUUCCACAAGUGGCCCAACGACAACUACUCCUAGAUCCACAACAACAACUUCCACAAGUGGCCCAACGACAACUACUCCUAGAUCCACAACAACAACUUCCACAAGUGGCCCAACGACAACUACUCCUAGAUCCACAACAACAACUUCCACAAGUGGCCCAACGACAACUACUCCUAGAUCCACAACAACAACUUCCACAAGUGGCCCAACGACAACUACUCCUAGAUCCACAACAACAACUUCCACAAGUGGCCCAACGACAACUACUCCUAGAUCCACAACAACAACUUCCACAAGUGGCCCAACGACAACUACUCCUAGAUCCACAACAACAACUUCCACAAGUGGCCCAACGACAACUACUCCUAGAUCCACAACAACAACUUCCACAAGUGGCCCAACGACAACUACUCCUAGAUCCACAACAACAACUUCCACAAGUGGCCCAACGACAACUACUCCUAGAUCCACAACAACAACUUCCACAAGUGGCCCAACGACAACUACUCCUAGAUCCACAACAACAACUUCCACAAGUGGCCCAACGACAACUACUCCUAGAUCCACAACAACAACUUCCACAAGUGGCCCAACGACAACUACUCCUAGAUCCACAACAACAACUUCCACAAGUGGCCCAACGACAACUACUCCUAGAUCCACAACAACAACUUCCACAAGUUGCCCAACGACAACUACUCCUAGAUCCACAACAACAACUUGCACAAGUGGCCCAACGACAACUACUCCUAGAUCCACAACAACAACUUGCACAAGUUGCCCAACGACAACUACUCCUAGAUCCACAACAACAACUUGCACAAGUUGCCCAACGACAACUACUCCUAGAUCCACAACAACAACUUGCACAAGUGGCCCAACGACAACUACUCCUAGAUCCACAACAAAAACCUCCACUUGUGCCCCAACGACAACUACUCCUAGAUCCACAACAACAACUUCCACAAGUCGCCCAACGACAACUACUCCUAGAUCCACAACAACAACUACCACAAGUCGCCCAACGACGACUACUCCUAGAUCCACAACAACACCUUCCACAAGUCGCCCAACCACAACUACUCCUAGAUCCACAACAACUACUUCCACAAGUCGCCCAACGACAACUACUCCUAGAUCCACAACAAAAACUUCCACUUGUGCCCCAACGACAACUACUCCUAGAUCCACAACAACAACUACCACAAGUCGCCCAACGACAACUACUCCUAGAUCCACAACAACAACUACCACAAGUCGCCCAACGACAACUACUCCUAGAUCCACAACAACACCUUGCACAAGUCGCCCAACCACAACUACUCCUAGAUCCACAACAACAACUACCACAAGUCGCCCAACGACAACUACUCCUAGAUCCACAACAACACCUUGUCCAACUACAACACCAUCUGCAAGUCCUACAAGAACAACAACAACCCGUCGUCCUUGCCCUUGCCAUCCCCAGCCUCCUUACCAGAUUCCUCCUUGGUCAUGGUGGUAUCCGAACCCGACCUACCCCAAUCCCGUGUGGCCCUGGCAACCUAACCCAGUCGUUCCUCAAUGGCCACAGAUGCCCGGAUAUCCAAAUCAGUGGCCACAAUUACCAGGUUAUCCCCAGCAAUUACCACCGCCGUUGCCAUCACCUCAGUGGCCGUGGUCUUGGCCAAAACCACCAGUAGUUCAACCUGGCGACUGUGAAAACAUAUGCGAAAACCUACUGAAGGGAGUAAAAUAUCAAGAAGAUCUCAUCAGAAGGUGCUUGUGCACACGAACAUAAUCCUUUAAAAAAGAAUCACGUAAUUGUUUUAUUAAAAUGUUGUCUAUUUAAAAAAAU